AGAAUAUUUAAUUAAUAUUUAAAUAUAAGAAAAGUCACUUAAAAAUGUCAAUCGAGGUCGGCCCUGAGGCGACAGGAAAGGAAAAUGGCGGAGGCGAAGGAGGAGGAGCACCCACGUCUCGUCCUCCGCAACUUCCUUACCCUUCAUCAAUGCAAGGAGCUGGAGUUCAUACACAAAAGCAACAGCACGGUCGGUUACAGGGCGAACGUGUUCUCCACCACUCUCUCCCAUCUCAUCGCCACCAACUCCCCCCACCUUCUCAUGCCUUUCGUUCCCAUCCGAGAGAGCUUGAAAGAGAAGGUGGAGGAGUUCUUUGGGUGUGAGUAUGAGCUCUGUAUUGAAUUUACUGGUUUAAUCAGCUGGUGUCGAGGAGCAAGCAUUGGAUGGCAUAGUGAUGAUAACAGGCCCUAUCUUAAACAACGUGCCUUUGCGGCAGUCUGCUAUUUGAACAGUUAUGGGAAGGAUUUCAAAGGUGGACUUUUUCACUUCCAGGAUGGGGAACUAACGACUGUUGAGCCCUUGGCUGGAGAUGUUGUGAUUUACACAGCUGACAGCCGCAACAUUCAUUCUGUAGAUGAGAUAACUGAUGGGGAAAGACUUACACUUACAUUGUGGUUCAGCCGUGAUGCGUCCCAUGAUGAAGAUGCCAAGCUUGUCUCCCUUCUCUCACAAAGCCUAUUACACAAUAACGUGCCUGGUGAAUGCUUACCCUUGCUGGCAUCAAGUAAUAUGUACUGGUUUUCACCGGACCAAACUUCUCAUCACCAGUUGGGCUUUGAUAUAUGCUGGGCAAGACUACACAUUCUUGGAUUUGAUGUUUAUUCUUAUCAGGACAGAAGUAGUGAUUCUGAUUUCUCAGAGUUACUGAUGAAUCCUCUGCAAUUAGCAAGGGGAAAUGAGUUGCUCAAUCAUGAAUUUGUCAACAUUUUGCAUGCGCUUCAGGUUGUGCAGUUUUCCACUUGGAAAGCCUCUGAUUUGCAGACUUCCAAAGUUACAAUAGACAGUGGAAAGGUGGUAGUGGUACAACUCUCUCAAGGGCAAAGGGAAAAAAUGAAUUGCUUGAAAUCUGUAUUUUUAAAGGAUCCUCAACUGGCAGAGAUGAUCUUCAGCUGCAUGACUAUCAAUGUGAGCCGAUGGCUUUUCUUUGAUUGGGCAGAUUUCAUUUCUGCAGUUGCUUUAUGGGAAGAUUAUGCCUCAAAGUUACGUGAAGAACUUGUUAGAAGCUUACCAUACUGGAGGACCCAUCAAUCUAUAUUUGAAGUUCCAUAUGAUGGGUGUUGAUAAGGAACUUAAUGCAUCUGUCUUUAUGUGGUAGAUAUCUCUUCCGGAGACCCUUGCCUCACCAGAACCAGUGCUUCUAUUUAAAGGGAGUUUGUGUAGGCAUUAGAGCCAAUAUCUUGGUCUCUUAAUCAGAAUUUAGGAGAAGGUUUAAAGGUCUCAAAACCCUAGCCUACAAGUAUGUUUUGAAGUUUGAAGCAAGAACAAUCAAAUCAGCCCCAAUCUCCUUGGUAGACGACAUAGCAAUGUGAGCUUCUUGUCUUGUAAACUUUUAUUUUACAUAAUCUAAUGUUAUACUUUCAUGAUGCUGUUCUUGAGAUUUUUUUGCUGUUACUUUGUGUUGUGUUUCCAACAUGUGAAUGUUCAAAUGACUUGGUUACAAUUUUAGAGUUAUAUAUUUCUAACGUUGUCAUUUCCAAAA